GCCCAGCGGCUCCAGCUGUUCCAGCGGCUCCUGGGGGCGGUGCCCGGGGGUGACCUGCGCCUGGCACAGGUGGUCAACGACCUGGAGAACCUGCACAGCCUCCUGGGGGUCCUGGGGGCCCUGCUGGGUUGCCCCCCGCCCCGUGACCCCCCCCCGGCCCCCCCGGCCCCGCUGGCCGAGGCUCCCCACACCGUGGCCGGGGUGGCCCUGGCGCGGCUCCGGGGGUGCCUGGAGGGGAUCGCCGCCCACCUCGAGGGGGUCCCCGCCUGUUAGAGACCCCCGAACCCCACCGGGACCACCCCAACACCCCAUGGACACAACCAGGACCUCACCAGGACCACAGUGGGACCCCGACAAGGGCUCCUGGGACCCCACAGACCCCACCAACCUCAGUAGGACCCCACGGACACAACCAGGACCCCACAGAGACACCACAAGGACCCCCAAGGUCCCACCACGACCCAUCCCACCGACCCCACCAGGAUCCCACGGACCCGCCCAGGGAUCCUCAGAACCGCACGGACACAAACGGGACCUCACCAGGAUCCCUCUGGGACCCCCCACAGAUCACACGGGACCCCCAUGGGGGGACCCCACAACUGUCCCCAGGCACUGGAGUGACUCCAGCUGCUGCCGGCGCCUCUUU